UCCCUGUCCCCAGAGCCCAAGGUGGUGUUUGCCAAGGAGCAGCCGGCACGCAGUGAAGUGCAGGCCGUGGCGGGGGCCAGUGCCACGCUGAGCUGCGAGGUGGCCCAGGCCCAGACGGAGGUGACGUGGUACAAGGACGGAAAGAAGCUGAGUUCGAGCUCGAAAGUGCGUGUGGAGGCCUCGGGCCGAGGGCGGCGGCUGGUGGUGCAGCAGGCGGGCAAGGCAGACGCCGGGGAGUACAGCUGCGAGGCCGGGGGCCAGAGUGUCUCCUUCCACCUGGAUGUCACAGGUCAGUCCUGGAGGAGGAUACUAAGCUAGCCUAUUUGGAGGUGACGAGGGGACUG